GAUUUUUCUUAAACGGAAAAAACGUUACAAACCGAAAUUCAUAUACUUCACAUUUUAAAAUGCCACGAAAAAAAACUCAACUGUUACAACUGAAAACCAAGUUGAGUGAAUACGAACGAAGAAAAUACUUUGAAUCGAAAAUAAAUAAAAACCUUGGAUGAUAAAAACUGUCGUAUAAUAAUUGUAAUUAUUGUCGUAAUAAUUGUCGUCUAAUUGUAAAAUAAAUUGUUAUAUAUUAAUUGUUAUCUAAAUAUAUUAGUUUUAACACUGUCAAAAUUAAAAAAAUAAAAGAGCUAAAAUCUUACAGUGCAGGAUGCUGUAAAAGGAUACUGAAUAUAAAUAUGUUUCUUUAUUUUUAUCAGUAAAAUCUGAAUAAUUUCAAUAUGUUAAUAAAAAAUGUAUCAAAUUUGCGAGAAAAAUUUACAAAACAAUUAUCCUCAUUUAAACAACGUUUUCAGCUACCUGAGAAAUGGAAGGGUGGACGUGUAGAGAAAUGGAAUCUUUUUUGGCAAGGUCUGUUUUUAGACUACAAGUCAGUUGCAAUGGAUACAGUCCAAGAAUCAAGUGCAAAGCCUAGAAAAGCAUUUAUAAUUACUUCAGGAUUGGGACUCCUACUUGCUGCUAUGAAAAUGAAUCCUGAUGAGCAAUCAUUCUAUGAUCGCCAACUUCAGUGCAUUACUGAACUUUCAAUGGUGGGUGAUCCUAUUCGAAAUCCAGCAGCGGAGAACCAUUUAACAUAUUUAACUCGAUGUCAAAAUCAAGGUCUUCUACGAAAAGUGGACUUGUUAUUCUUUAGUUUAAUUUGGGAAGCAGAUUAUAACAAUGAAUGUAACAUUUAUCCUGCACAAUGCAAAUAUUUGCAACCAAAAUAUUUUACAUUCUAUCAAAGAAUAGUUGACGUGGGACUAUUCGGCUUUUGGAUAAAUCUGAAGUUAAAAAUGAGAGAUUUUGAUGUAAAUCCUGAGGAAUGGAAUGAACAAACUUAGUUUGUAAUAAAUUUGUUUUAAGCUUU